UUGAGAGCGUGGUGCUGAGUCACGAGGACAAGGAGGAAGUGGGGCUGGAACCCGGGCUGUGCGGAUGGCUUCCUACUUCGAGGAGCACGACUGCGAGCCCGGGUCGGGGCCUCCCUCGGAGCAGAUGCACCGCCAGGCACUGCUGGAGCUGGCCAGGUCCCUCUUCAACGGCCUGGAGAUUGACCUGGGCUCUUUGGACAGUGGAGACUGGGAGCACCGGCUCCCUCCGCCAGCCGCCAAGAAGGCCGUGGACGACCUCCCCACGGUGCGGAUCACUCCCAUCCAAGCAGACAAAGGCCUGAAGUGUCCCGUCUGCCUCCUGGAGUUCGAGGAGAGUGAAAUGGCCCGCAGGAUGCCCUGCCAGCACCUCUUCCAUUCGGGAUGCCUCCUCCCAUGGCUUGGCAAGACCAACUCCUGUCCGCUUUGCCGCCAUGAGCUGCCCACGGACGACCAGGAAUACGAAGAGUACAAGAAGGACAAGGUCCGGCGGCAGCAGCAGGCCCACCGGCUGGAGUCCCUGCAUGGAGCGAUGUACACGUGACAGAGGCCUCUCCUCUUCCUCUUCUUCCCUUUGGCUACUGGAUCCGGUUUCUUUCUGGCCCAGUGGCCCAGCCUUUCCCAUGGUGCUUGGGACCAGGAUGACCACAAAGCGCAACAUUUCCCAGCAUCCCACCAUUCGCUGGCAGUGCAUCACAAAUAAAUACUUUUCCCCACUCA